AAAAGAUAACAACACACGAAAUGUGCAUAUUAGCCUAUAUUUUUGAUGACAACGAGAGAUGUUUUUUCUCCGUUUUUAAUCUUGACAGUACAAGAUUAAAACAUGGAUCUCAAAAACACAACAAAAAGUAAAAAGUGAAGUAGUUAAAAAAAAAUGCAGUUAAAUAAUCUUUUGAUAUGUUUUAAAGAUAUUAAAAUAUUUUUAUGAGUUGUUUUAUUAUCAUUUAUACUUAUAUUUAUAAAUAUAACAUUUUUAAAAUGAAUUAAAAAAUAAUAAUAAUAAAAAAUGUGUCGACUCCGCCCUCGCGUUGUAACGUCAGCGAACCCUCGCUAUGGAAACCAAAUUGCGCUAAGUAAACAAGUAACAGGUUUUUACCCUACUGCCAAUGGUGUUAAUCUUCGCUUUAAAAAAUUAAUUUAAGGACAAACGGGGAAGAGAUUCACUUUAUUGAACUAUGGAGGUGUUGCCGGAGGCGGAUUGUGAAGAAGACGCUACUAUAACAGAUGAAGAAGAGAGAGCGCAGGAUCCGGAGGGUGUUCGAGAAUUGGAGAGCAGGCUGUCUAACAUACGAAUAACCCCCACACUUACACACAUAGCAAAGCCAAGAUCUCAAGUGGACCUUUCCAAAUGUCCAUCCUCAUACAAGGAGAAUUCCUCACAGGAGAAGCUCAUGCUUGCGAUGGCUGAAAACUUCCGUCAGCAGUAUGCGCUUUUAUAUCCUGACAACAAACCGCUCCUUCUGUGCCCUGUAAAUGAGUGCGGUGUUCAGAAAUUUGUAAGCACCACAUUGCGAAGCACAUUGCUGCCGUAUCCUGAGCUGUACGGCUGGGAGGGAUGUGCCAGUUUUGUGUCUGAUUAUCUCUCUUUGGAGCUCUUGGAUCCACCAUUUGAAUUUCCCAAGCAGCUGUCAUCACCCACCUGGGUUCUGCAGACUCAGAGAGGCACAUGUUUUGAUUUCUCCAGUGUGCUGUGCAGCCUGUUGUUGGGCGCAGGAUACAACGCUUACUGCGUCAGUGGGUACGCGACAAAAGAGAUGUGUCUUCUCGAUCAGUCACAGCAAGAAUGUCCCUUAAUGCAGCCUCAAAUUCAAGGUAAGACAGAGGAACAGAAGAAGACAACGCGGAAAUACUCUGUGAAACCCACACGCGACCUGCACAGCACAUUUGAAAAGCAUCAAGAGGAGAAACGGCACACAGAAGCUAAAGCAGCUGCACUGAAGGAGCAACUGGAAGCAGAGAGACUUCAGAAGGAGAAAGAACGUCCACCACCCGACCCUCUUCUGGGCUUGAGAGUUCACAGCUGGGUUCUGGUGCUCUCAGGGAACCGGGAGGUACCUGAGAACUUCUUCAUUGACCCUCCGACAGGCAAGAGCUACUCCACCACCAAUGAGAACUUUCUGGGCAUAGAGAGCGUCUGGAACCAUAAAAACUACUGGGUCAACAAGCAAGAUUGCACUUUCGGUUGUAAGGAGAUGACCUUUGACAUGGGCGAUCUAUCAAAAUGGGAGUAUAUGCUGUGUGGGCUUACCAGCCAAUCUAUGUCAAUCAUUUCAGAGCACCAAGAGUCAGAAGAUGAGGAAGAAGAGGAAAUGGAUGAGCAGAAAGUGUUUGAAAUGCCUCCAUCUUGGGUGAAUAAAAUAGAUAUUUCACCACAAGAUAUGGAAAUGCGUUAUCCAGGCGGUAUGAAGGUUAUCCAGUACAGGAAAGCCAAGCUGGAGAAGUUUGCCCCUUACCUUCUGAAAGACGGUCUGGUGACCAAACUCACCAAUUAUAAAGACCUUGAUUGCACACAACCCAGCACUAUUAAGGAAUGGUUUAAACACAGAAGUGACUGUCUUGAUGAGCGAGAACUACACACAGACAGCAAUGUGACAUCUGAGAAUUUCAGGCCUGGAAGAAGUGAUGCCCUCAAAUACCACAGGUACGUCACUUUAGUUCCUGAGGCGGAGCGACAGAUGGACUUUUAUAGUCAUACUCGCACUGACGGUCUAGCCAGAAGAACCGAGAAGCCUUUCGAAAUGACAGAAACCUUUGAAGAUCGGACUGACUUCCUCUUUUAUCGACAUGUUGUUUAUGGAAAGCAAAUCAAAGUGAUUCGGGCUGGAGAGGCUUUUGAACAACGGCCUCUAAGGAGGGUGGAGGAGCGGUUCCACAGAGAUCCUUCUAAGCCGGCAAGUAAAGAUGUGGCUGAACGGAUCUUUAUGAUGCCUGAUAGACAGAUCCGGGUGACCUAUCAUCUAGAGGACGACAGGAUCAUCCCAGCUUGGCUCAACUUCAUCAAGCCCAAAGAAGCGGCAGACUCGCAGAAAGCAGAAGCUUUUACUCCACAGAUGGUUUCUGGCUUUCAGGUGGAUCGUUCUGCAAAACCCUACAACAACUUGCAGCUGUAUGAAAUGCUUGUGGAAUUGAUGAAAGACGAGGAGAAGGUUGAACUUCAAAUCAGAGAUUCGGAAAAAGAGGUUAAGUCCAUCCUUUCUUCGAGAGAAAAUGAGGAAAGUAAUACAGAUCUGCUCAUCUCUAUAUACAACACUUUGAGGAACAAGAUGGCACAUCAACACAUGAAAGAAAAGGAACGGAUGGCUAAAGAAAAGCAGCAGCGGCAGAAAGAGAAAGAGCUGGACCUGUUGGCUCCAUUCCAGGCCCGAGUGGGACAACCAGAAGCCCUCACGCUCCAGGAAGCACUCCAGCUGAAAACAGACUGUCUGACUGAAUUUAAACAGCAGCUUAAUAACAAAACCAGCCUCAUCCAGAGCAGAAUUGCAAAGGAGACAGAGGAGUUGCAGAAGAAGCAGCAGUGGUACCAGAAGAAUAAGCUCAACUUGACCGUUAAGGACGAGGACGAUUACCUCACCUACUGCUCUGAUGCCAAGUUCAGGAUCCACAUUCUCAUUAUGAGACUCAGUCGACACAAGGAGAGGGCACCUCAGAAGUAUCUGGAGCUGGAGGAGAAACUAAAACGACAUCCAAGGUUGGCCAGUCACUUGUUGUGACACAAGACUAGUGCAUCCAAGUGGUCUGCCACACAAUCUUUUUAUAUGAUGUUUUGGGACACUCCAUGUAUCAGGACAUAUCUCAAACUGUCACAUAUGACCUCAAUAAAUAUUCCUGUUGCAUCA